CUAAGACGGGUCAAAUGAGAGUAUGUGCUUGAGAAUCUGAGAGUGGUUUUUGGAAAAUAAAUUAUCAACCAAUCCCACUAAUUAGUUAAUUUAACGGUGACUAAAAGAUUAAGUGAUGUUGAAUACAGGCUUUAGUGUUCCAGUCAUAGUCUCUGCAACAAGCUAGCAUAUUCAUGCAUUUCUCACACCAUAAUUUCAUAUUACAACGCAACGAAAACAUGUAAGAGGACAUAGCUUUUACUGCAACAGAGCAAACCAAAGGAGGAGAGCUAAAUGUCCUGGCAGCAGUCAAAUGUGUGAAACAGAGCUUAUAUGGUUUCAGUUCUCAGAUUUCAGCACUCCAAAGUGUAAUAGAGCUUCAUGGCUUACAAAUUAUAAACAGAAAUUGAAAGAAAACAAACAAACUUGACUAACAAUGAAAGGCUCUGUUCUCUGAUGUGUUUCUCUUACCUGCCUAUGCUCUAGAAGAGUUGCUGUCUUUGACCACAAUAAUGUCUUGUUUCCGCAACAAACCAACCAGUCAAAAUAAAUGUGUGAACAUCUACUUUUUUUGGUCAUCAGCCAUUCUUUUUUUUUUUUGGUCUUAACUACUCUUCAAAUUCUCUUUCAUAGUAUUUACUUUAUCAUCUUUCAUUGCUUUUAGUUCGUGUUUUGGUGUUUUACAACACCUGUUUGUUGAACAAUAACAUUUUAACCACAGCAUGAAACAACCUUCUUGAUAGCUUGAGUGCCUAUUUAAACCGGCAAAAAGAUCUACACCGCAGCAGUUCGAAGAAGUAGAAAGAGGAAUGGAAAAGGUAGGUGAAGAGGAGGAGAAGACCAUAGAAGAAGCAAACAACUCAGUUGAGGAGACGAGAAGUGAUAAGGAAGAUGAAAGGAUCAGAGAUACAAUCACAGAAGAAGGCUCCACAGAUCCAUCUAACUCGCAAACGUUAACCUUUGAAUAUCAUGACGUCAGUGAACAUGAAAUGGAAGACGAGGAGGUUCUCGAGCUUUUCAGACGUAAUAGCGGUGUGGUUGCCAGCAGCAAGAACUUCCCAUAUCUGUACAAGUCAGAGGAGAUGGUAACAGAAGAAACAAAUGCAAUGAACUUGAGUUCACCGCAAAUACUAGAAGGAAUCAGGUCAUCAUCAUCAUCAUCAUCUUCAAAUGAUUCGUCCGGUAACUCAGACCUUAAUUCCAGCCUUUCCAGGUAUUAUUUUGACGGGUCCUUACCUGAAACCCAUGAAGAUGAAUCUCUUGUACCUAAAGAUGAGAACCAGAAGAUGUCUCUACUGUGCCCCAAGCGACCAACUUCGUGGAGGAAUUUGUGUGGGCUCUUCGAGCUUCUCAGAGCUGCUGAUCCAUAGAAGAAAAAAUUGACCUAGAGCAAAGCCAAGAGUAUGUAUGGUCUUCUGGUAACUAAUCCUAAUAUGCAAUGAAUAAUACAUCUUUGCAGAAUAAUAUAAGGAAUAAGAGAGCAUAAGCACAACUACAUCCAGAGCACAGAGUGACAUGUUGUACUAGUAACCAUCACAUCAUGGCUUCUAAUAGUAAUGUUGCUCAUGUUCUUUUAGCAACAAGUGUCUCUCUUUGUAAUUCAAUUCAGUUACCAGAAGUACUGCAAA